CCUGGGGAGACGCGUAGUCCUGCCCGCCUUCCCAAGACAUGAGGGGAAUGGACCCCAGCGGCUCUGGAAUUGUAUACAGGCAGCGCUGGGGACACCUAGAAUGACGCAAUCUUCGCGCGCAGUGGGGCGGAGCUUCGAGGGGGCCUCAUUUCAAAGCGAGUUAGACGGGGCGGAAGACGUCUGUGGAGAAGCGGCGGCUUCCGAGCCUAGGUUUCUGAUGAGACUGAGAACCAAAGAGGGAAAGUGAUCUCCAAAGUCAGAAGAUUUGGUAGAGUGAGACAGAAGUCCAAGCCUAACUGUACAGACCAGAGAUCUUUCUACUUCACUCUAGAAAAGAGAUCCUAAGAUCUCAGCAAAUUAUCUCGUAAGGGAAAAAAAUGCCUAAAGUCAAAAGAAGCCGGAAAGCUCCCCCAGAUGGCUGGGAGUUGAUUGAGCCAACACUGGAUGAAUUGGAUCAAAAAAUGAGAGAAGCUGAAACAGAACCUCAUGAGGGGAAGAGGAAAGUGGAAUCUCUGUGGCCCAUCUUCAGAAUCCACCACCAGAAAACCCGCUAUAUCUUCGACCUCUUUUACAAGCGGAAAGCUAUAAGCAGAGAACUCUAUGAAUACUGUAUUAAGGAAGGCUACGCAGACAAAAACCUGAUUGCAAAGUGGAAAAAGCAGGGUUAUGAGAACUUGUGCUGCCUGCGAUGCAUUCAGACUCGCGACACCAAUUUUGGGACGAACUGCAUUUGCCGGGUUCCCAAAAGCAAGCUGGAAGUGGGUCGCAUCAUCGAGUGUACGCACUGCGGCUGCCGGGGCUGCUCUGGCUGAGGCCAUCUGGCCCUGAGCCCUCUCCAUCCUGGACUGUGGACCUUACAGGUUCUUACUGUGCCACCCUCUUCCUGGGAGCAACUCUUGGAGCAGCACCCUGGGCCCUCGUUGGAGCGUGGUCUCCUCAGGUGAAGGCUUGGUGUUCACCAGCUGUGCUUUGUAACAAUAAAACCUUUGAGCCUC